CCAUAAUAUGCACCAAGACUUCGUCCCUUACUGCCACGUGUCUUCGCCUUCAACAGCCAUAACAACACCACAAAACACUUCACUCUCACAUUUUCUGGUUCAAUUCCAUUACAUCUCUCUCUCUCUCUCUCUGCAUUUCAACACGCCAUUUUCCACAUUCUUUCGCCACACAACAAAUUAAGAAGCCUGUGUAGAGUUUACUCCCUUUGCUAGGUUUCUGGAAAAGAUUUUAAUUGUUUCGCUAUGCGGGGACGGCAGCGAGUUGCAUCCAGAGAUUACAUAAUUGGGCAUGGAAAAGAAGAAAAUUCAGCUUCAGUGCGUUUACCGAACGCAAAACCUUGGCGGCGAUCUUUGCGGCAUGUUGUAGUGGCUUCUCUAUCUUCAUUCUUAUAUGGCUACCAUAUUGGAGUAGUCAAUGAAACCUUAGAGAGCAUUUCUGAAGAUCUUGACUUUAGUGGCAAUACAAUGGCUGAAGGUCUUGUAGUAAGUACCUGUUUAGGAGGUGCUUUUGUUGGGUCUCUGUUUAGUGGUUGGAUCGCAGAUGGGGUUGGGCGUAAAAGAAGUUUCCAGUUGUGUGCAUUGCCUAUUAUUAUUCACAAUUUAUGCAGUGCAACAGCAAAUAGCCUGUGGGGCAUGCUUUUGGGAAGGUUAUUUGUUGGUACCGGAAUGGGACUUGGCCCACCUGUUGCUGCUCUUUAUGUGGCUGAGGUAUCACCUCCAGCUGUGCGGGGUACUUUUGGGGCUUUAACUCAGAUUGCAACAUGUCUUGGACUUAUGGGUUCUUUCUUUAUAGGAAUCCCAGCCAAGGAAAUAGUGGGUUGGUAUGAAAUGAUAUUAUACAUUACUGCACAGUUUACUUAUAAGAGCAAGACCAGAGGGAAAACCAUUGAAGCUGAGGCUGAAUUUGAGAAGCUCUUGGGAGGAGUAAAUGUGAAAUCCGCAAUGGCUGACCUGUCAAAGUCUGAUAGAGGUGAUGAGUCUAGUUCUGUAAAACUAUCGGAAUUACUCUGUGGCUGCCAUGCUAGAGUGAUGUUCAUUGGUUCUGUGCUUUUUGCUUUACAGCAGCUAUCUGGCAUAAAUGCUGUGUUCUAUUUCUCAUCGACUGUCUUUGAAAGCUUUGGUGUACCAUCUGAUCUUGCAAAUAUGAGCGUGGGAGUUUGCAAUUUAUUGGGAUCAAUUGUAGCAAUGAUUCUGAUGGAUAAACUUGGAAGAAAAGUGCUUCUCAUGGGUAGCUUUUUCGGCAUGGCAGUAGCAAUGGGUCUACAAGUUCUUGCUGCAAGUUCAUUUGCAGCAGGAUCUGGAGCAAUGUAUCUAUCCGUUGGUGGCAUGUUGCUGUUUGUGCUAUCAUUUGCACUUGGGGCCGGUCCGGUUCCUUGUCUCGUUAUGUCUGAAAUGCUACCCGGCAAGAUCAGAGCAAAGGCGAUGGCAAUUUGCUUGGCUGCGCACUGGGUGAUAAACUUCUUUGUGGGUCUACUGUUUUUGCGCUUGCUGGAGCAAAUUGGGGCACAACUCUUGUAUAGUAUUUUUGGUUCAUUCUGUCUGAUAGCAGUGGCUUUUGUGAAGAAGUAUAUUCUUGAAACAAAAGGGAAGUCACUACAGGAAAUUGAGAUAGCACUUCUUGCUCAAGAAGCAUCAUAAAUGCACUAAAAUGUUGACUUCUCUUGUGUUGAGGAAAUUCUCUGCAUGGUGCAUCAAGGGCAUUUUUUUUUUUUGGCGGGGUUUAUCAUCCCAUGCUGAAGUUAGACCCAUGCAUCAAGUGCUCAACGGAAGGGAUCUGUAAAUUUUUUAGUUUUUCUUUUUAUGUGGAGACUAGGCUUAAACUGAAUGGUUGCGUGGGACUAAAAAUAUUUUUUUUCCAUAAAAAAUAAUUUCUUUCUUUUUUGUCAGUAUCUAACUAUGAUGAAAAGGGCUAAAUGGGACGAUA